AUGGCGAAGUGGGGCGAGGGCGACAGCCGAUGGAUCGUCGACGAGCGACGCGACGGCACGAACAUCAACGGUUGGCACUGGGAGGAACGAAACAUGAUGAAGUGGUCUCGAGAACGCAUCGAAAGCUUGCUCGUCGGCGUCGAUCUCGACGUCCCGGUGAGCGAGGGUCGAGCGACGGUGACGGAACUGUCGAAAUUCGAGGGAGACUCGAGCGUGAGCACGCGCAAGGGAGGUAAAAAGUUUGGAUGCUUUGACCUGAGCUUCACGGCGAAGUGGCGCGGCGUCGUCGGCGUCGCGGCGGAUUCGACGGAGGAUGAAGACGAGGUGAAGGGGGAGAUUGUGGUGAAAGAAUUUUGCUCGACGAAUGAUGAGGAUGAAUACGACUUCGCGGUGUCGGCGAAGGAUGGGAAGUCCGAGUCGAAGGCGUUGUUGAAAUCUCGCGUCGAAAAGAGCGUCGAGGCUAUUUUGCUUCCAAAGCUUCGCCAGUUUUGCGAAGAGUUGAAGGAGAUGUGA